AUGGUAAUUCCAAAUUUACAUAAUUCAAUACCAAUUUGCGGAAAAUGUGAUCCAAAAUUAACAAAUUCAUUCAUUGGAAUUGUACUUUUUUUAGCAGUUUUAAUUAUUGGUAUUUUAAUAUUAAUUCUUUUUUAUUAUAAUAAAGAAAUUAAUAAAAACAGUUCACAAUAUUUACCAAUUCAUUCACCUGGUAGUGGUAACCCAUCACCCUCUUCAUCAUUUUUAAUUAAUAAUAAUAAUAAUAAUAAUAAUUAUCAUCAAAACAACAAUAGUAAUAACAAUAAUAUUAUUUAUAAUCCAUACUAUAAUUCGUCUACCACUUCACCAUACUAUUUAUCACCAAAUUCGAAUCAUAACCCCUCAUUAAUUUUAUAUCAUCAAUCUAGAUUAUUAGGUAAUAUACAUUCAAUUAAUUCGAUUAAUAAUAAUAACAAUAAUAAUAAUAAUAACCCACCAACAAACAUUUCAAAUAAAUUAAAUAAGAAUGGGGAAACCAAAAAUAUAUAG